GCCCGGGAGGUGGAAGGGAGGGGGGCGAAGGCCCCCUCGGGCGGCGGCUGACGUGGGUGAGGAGCGGCGGCGCCGGGAGCAUCAUGUCGAAGGUCACCUUUAAAGUGACGCUCACCUCGGACCCGCGGCUGCCCUACAAAGUGUUAAGCGUGCCCGAAAGUACCCCUUUCACAGCUGUCUUGAAGUUUGCUGCAGAAGAAUUCAAAGUUCCUGCAGCAACAAGUGCCAUUAUAACAAAUGAUGGUAUAGGAAUAAACCCUGCACAGACAGCAGGAAAUGUAUUUCUAAAGCAUGGUUCAGAUCUACGGAUUAUUCCCAGAGAUCGAGUUGGGAGUUCUUAAUGUCUCCUGAAAGCUUUGGAAUAAGUGACAUUGCCGUGCAGCAAAGGUCUAUUUAUUUUGGAACCCCAAAAAUGCAACUAAUGAAUUGGCCUUUUUUAAAGCUAGCAAAAAUUACUUCCCAGGGGUUUUUGUUGUGUUUUUUUUUUUUUUUAAAAAAACAGAGAUAAGGUUUCAUUUCUUGUUAAAAUAUUUUAACUCAUGCACUGAUUCUUCCCUGACUAGUAGAAGAAUGGGCUGAUUGCUUGUUAUGUUCCUGAAAGAAAAAUGGACUAUAUAGGUGUUACUGACACCACAAAGGUAAACACAGGCACGAUCAAUAGAUAUUUAAAAUAUUGGAUAUUGUUGAGCCCACUUUGUGGAAGAGGGAACUGUGUUAUGAUUUUGCUACAAAGAAAUUGUUGCUAGUGAGUGCUAAAACUUUUUUUUUCCUUUUGUUUUUUUCUAAACUUACUUUCAUGUUUAGAGGAACAGUUUUCACAUGGUUCAAGUAUUAAGCUGAAAUAGAAGGGAAAUUUCAGGGGUUUAUUACUCAAAUAAGUAAAUGCCAAUGUUCCAAAGUAAUUGUAAGAUUUAAUUGCUGCAAAUAUUUUAGAUAAAGGAGAAAACAGAGGUUUCUAUGUGUUAAAACUUCAUUUGACAUAUUGUGAAGUUAAAUUAAACGCAGUUUCAGAAAAUUUAUGAGACCUAAUCUCCUCACAUGAAGUGCCAUCAGCUGAGGAUUGCACCGUGAUUUGGGAAUGUGUAGGUACUGGUCCAAUAUGUCAUUCCUUUUUCAGUAAACUAAUACUGGUUUUUUUUUUUCUAAAAGUCUUGUUUUAUUACUGUGUGUUACAUGGGAAACAGCAUAGAAUUCACUGAAAUGUUUGUGUUCAGAUUAUAUGCUUCUUGUUUAUAAAUUGCCAGGGAUAAACUAUCAGUUGUAUACUUUAAUCGGGAAAAUUCCUGCUUUUCUUGAACUGGUAAUCUACUUUGUGCUUUAAUAUAUUUUGCCAAAUCUUACCCUGUUGUGUUUUUUUCUGUCCUACUGAGUUUAAAAGAAAGAACAGUGGGCAAUGUAGUGCUUGGUUAAAUGAGUAUUGUCACAAAUAAAACUGUCCUGUGCAAUAAUCGUGCUCUACAAAGAUGUUCAGAUAAUGUGUCAGAUAGUGCAGAAGAAUAAAAUGCCCUUCUGAGUGGGUGUACCUUGAGUAUAUAGAGGAAAACUCUUCUGAAAGUGAUAUUUGACUAUGAACAUUUUCCAAGAUGAAUUGUAAAAUUCUGGAUUUUCCUUUAUUUUAAUAAACAAUUAUAUGAAAAAGGUGCAAA